CUCUAUCAGAGGGAAAACAAGAUUCUGUCCGAAGGAAUUCCCACGAAGCAGGUGAUCUCUACCGAGCAUCAGAGUACACCGGGAGCCUCGCGCUGCAGUGUGGACUCUAAACACGCGCCAAUGUCUCACUCGGACGGAGAAUCCCAGCGGUCCAACAUGGAGCGGGACGACACUCGCUCGUCCCCCAGCACCCCGUCCACCCCCUCCGUGUGCUCGCCGAUCUCCACCACCAGCUCGGUGCCGUCCACCGGGAAGAACAUGUGCGCCAGCUGCGGUCAGGAGAUCGUGGACAGAUACUUGCUGAAGGUGAACAACCUGAUCUGGCACGUGCGCUGUCUGGAGUGUUCCGUCUGCAGGACGUCGCUACGUCAGCACAGCAGCUGCUACAUCAAAAACAAAGAGAUCUUCUGUAAAAUGGAUUAUUUCAGGUAGGGUAAGUUUAUGACCAUGUUUUCAAAAUAACAUGUCUACUCUGUUAGCAUCUC